UCAAAUUCGGUUUGAUUUUGACAACAGCCGUUCUAAUUCCCUCAAACCCACCUUGUGUGUAGAUUGUUGAAGAGUGCCCGAGAGAGAUUGCAGCGGCGACCCUGAGCCUGAAGUCGAGGAACAGCACAAGUAGGAGGAUUCUUACUGCUACACUAUGAUUGACGACCAAGACCUUGGAUUUUUUGCCAAUUUUCUUGGCAUUUUUAUUUUUGUUCUAGUAAUCGCUUACCAUUAUGUGAUGGCCGAUCCAAAGUAUGAGGGGAACUGAAAAUUUGUUUCAUGUCUGCAUACAUGUUUUUCACUAUUAAGUUGCUACCUUAUAUGGCAUAUAUAUGAUGUCAAUUUUUGUGACUGAACUAUGUAGUAAAGUAGAGUUGGAUUGAAAUAGUUAGAGGUCUUUACUCUUGCA